GUCAUGACAAGUAACUGUACUCGGUCCUAUAUAUUUGACACACUACUACUACAGCAUAUAUACAAAGAGUAUAUUUACGUAAUAGAGGGAAACAAACGACAUUCAUAGUGCAUCUUUCAUUGUGAAGAGACGUUGACGAUUGCGGAUCGUAAAAUGAGUUGCCUGAAAGCGUUCGUUCUCGUGGUGACUACACUACUGGUCAUCAACUACGUAUCAGCUGGGCUGAGUCACGGCAGCUGUCCGGACCAACACAAAGUGUACAACGACAAGCCGAGGUGCCACUCCGACUCCGACUGCCAGAAAUGGGGCAAGGUCUGCUGUCCCAACCAGUACAACACCAAGUCCUGUGUGGACCGCGCGCCUUGGCGUAACACUGCUGACCGGGACUCCCAGAACAAGUAUACUGGGGGUGGUGGUGGCGGCGUCUACUGUGAAGGUGUCAAGUGCAGGCCCUACGAAGUCUGCAAGCCUGACCCCAUCACCAAGCGGCUGAAAUGCCAGCGACCUUGAGUUACAAGCUAGUUUUUAUAGCUUAACCGCUGUAUAGAGUUCUCGUCUUCGGAGAAGGUAGGAAGGGGUAGUGCGGAUGUUGGGCUCCUAAGUUCCGAAGAUCCUUCAGUCCCGCAGACGAAACUCAAUAUUACGGUUGCGCUAUACCAAGGCAUGUAUGCCUGUUUUUUUUUUCUAAUUUUAUAAAAAAAGUGUUUGUUUUA